AUGGUCAAAAUUAAUGAAAGUAAGUUUUUUUACAGUUGAAAAUCAAAAAAGAAUUUAUAAACGAAAAGUGCUUUUUCCGUAAAAUUUCGCGCUCCGUAAUUCAAACAGCUUUUUCAAAAUCUUUUUUUCUGGUAAAAAAUGUUUCAGAACCCGCCUCUUCCACUUUUUCAAGCUAUGAAGACGUCGUGGAAGAAGAAAAAGCAAGCUCCAAACUAUUCAUGCAAGCUCCGAGCUCAGGAGAUGAACAAGAGGUGAUGGAACUUCUCGAAGUUCUACAUCAAGAAGCUGGAGUACCCAUUCGGACAACAAUCGCCCCAGUUGUGACAACUGUCACCAAGCCUCCAGUCUUCGAUAAGGUCCUUUUUCGAGCUUCAUUUCAUUAUUUCAUGAAAAAUCUUUAGGUCUUCAUGCAAGAGGUCGAACCGGCUUCUGAAGUCAACUUUGAUGACAGCAGAGAAGAUUACGAUCUGGCAAUGAAUAGCUCUCCUCUCGAGUCGCCGGCAAAUCGUGUCACUGUAACUGGAACGAUAUUCCGGGAGGGAAGCCGGCCGAUUUCCAACGGAAUUGUCGACAACAGAGUGGUUCACAGGUUGAAAAGGCUUGACGGGACGGCUGGAGUGGCCAGAAACCCGUCAAAAGCAAGGAAACGUCAAAGGUGAGGCUGCUAACAAAAGUGAUUUCCUAGAGACUGUAAAUUGAAAAAUGACGUCACAGAAACGAGCGGAAAAACCAAGUUUACAGCUUCAAUCAAGGAACGGCUUGCAAGUUUCAAAAGGCUAUAAAUAAUAAAAAAUGUCGUCAUUUUCGAGUACCUAUGGCGUCAAUGAAUCGAAAUUUUUUCAGAAAACUCGUUAUGAAUCGCCGAAAAAGGAUGACAGUUGAGCGGACGGCUGCAUUGGCCCCACCGAAUUUCUACCAAAGAGUUUUUUUGGAUUCGUAUCAUCGAAGGACUAAAAAAGAGCUACCGAAGUCCGUCAUAGUGCCUCGAAGAGCACCAAACAGGCCAAUGAAACUAGUUUCAGCAAGAACAAAGGUGCGAUUACAGAUUUCAAACUGACAUUGGGCAGGAAUUUUAGAAGUAUGUUCAAAAACGGGGCACAUUGAAGCAUCUAAAAGCAAGAAGGAUUCGAAAUACUGAGAUCGAUAUUAAGUAAGUGUUUUAUUUCCUCUUUUCGAAGAUUAUUAUACUUUUCAGCCCUGUAAUCGAGUUCCUACACGCUUUUUUUCAACGUAUACCACCGAAGGAACGUUUUUCAACCCAUUGA